UCAGGUGGCGCUAGCCUGAAAACAGUGGGACGGCGUAUAAGAGACACCCUGCAACGGGACCGUCUUUUUCACGGCAAUUGUUGUCCACGUUUUCUCGCGAUCAUCACGGACCUACGGCAGGAUUUUCGGUCCACGAGGAGCCCAAUGUGGGUGGAAGUGAGAUGGCAUCCAGGGAAAAGAAACCCUUAGCGCCUUCCAAAUCCAAACAGAGGGCGAGUAGUGACUCUAGCUUGUCAUCCAAUGAGGUCAAGAAUAAAAAAGGCAAGUCAUUGCCAAAUAUAAAGCAGCAGCAAUUUGCACAAGAAAUUUUUGAUACAGUAGUAACAGGUAGUCAACUUCCUGUUAAAUUAGAGGCAAGCUUGCCACGCAGGAAUGCCCUGAAAACUCUGAAACGCAGACAGAAUCUAAGAGCAGCCAAGGCAAAUCUUAUUAAAUCCAAGGUCGGCAGGAAAGUGACAAAUAAGGGUAUACGCAGGAUAGCUCCUGAUAUUAAGAGGGGUGUGAAAACGAAGAGAAUCAAGCAAUCGGAGGAAUCAACCCUUAAAGCCGACAUUGCUCUGAGAUUUUCGGAAAAUCAAGCGAACAACGGAGACAACGAAGGCAAAGGAACUGAAACACCAAGCAAAAGUGCCAAGAACAAUCUCAGGACCAAGAAAACCAAAUCUGCAUCUUCAAGGAGCAUAGAAGUGGGGAGCGAGGGCAUUCAGAAUAAGGAAGAGGCUGGUGCUACAAGUAGCUCUAAAAGCAGUCCUAAAUUUGGUAGAAAGGGAAGAACGACAGAAAGUUCCGACUCUUUAUCCAAGAGUGCCAAAGCAGCAAGAUUAACAAACUUGAAGAAAAAUAGUACCAAGGAUAAUUUCAUAAAAGUUACAGAAAGUGAUAGCAAGGGUACAAAAGGUCGAAAAAACACUGGCAAGGAAUUGGACUGUAGUGGUAGUACAAAGGGCAAUUCUAGCAUUGAGAGAUUUGCAAAAGCAGCUUUGGACAACAAGAGUUCUAUUGACCUUACUAUAGACGAAGUUAUUGCUUCAAUGUUGAGUGACUCUGAGGAAAACCAAAGUGUUGCGGAGAAAAUCGAGGGAAAAAUAACGAGAAGCAAGAAAAUGUUGGUAGACGAAAAUAUUGCUUGUGACGUGGAAAUAAAGAAAGAGCCCGACACCGAUGACACGAAAGUUGCGUCAGACGGAGAAUGUACGGAGGCAGACCAAGGAUUCCAGAAUGCGAUUCAGUUGAGGAAAAGAUCGAAAGCUGGGUACACUGAUCAAACGUCGCAAAGGAGCUUGCGAAAUGGCAAGCAACGCCAAUUAUCUGAUUCUGGAAAUUCCACGGAUAAUGAUCCCAAGAAGAGGCAUAGAUUGAAUUCAGAUGGGACUGUUAUCUCAGAUAAUUUGAUAGAACAUAUCUCAGAUGUCAACAUGGACUAUUCGGAUUCCAAUUGUAAUGAAUCUCAAACUAUUGUAGCAACAAAUAAAGAUGAGAUUUGUUUGGCGAAGGAUGAAGCGUCCAAGAAUUUUAAUGACGAUGCUGAGACUGGAUUGGAAGUGGAAAAUAAUAACAACAGCGAUCGCGUGGACCGAACGAGUGAAACAGGACCGACACUGCGUUCUAAGACUAAAGCUAAAACUACGGAGAGCGAGGCAGCGAAGGACGAUGACGGUAAAACGGAAGAUACACGGAUAACAUCCAAGUGUGCGGACACACAGGAAGAAUCGAAGAAACUUUAUAACGUAGAUCAAGCGAGAAAAGAAAGUAUUUUAGUCAAGUAUGCGGAUAAAUCUAAAGGUCGUAGGAGUAGUUUAAACAUAGAAAAUAUGAAGAAAACUGCGAAUUCCAUUUAUAAUACGGAUAAAUCGGAUGGUAAUUCAUUGCAAAUAGAUCAAAUGAUCGAAAACAUCAAAUUGAAUAUUGCAAAAUCCAUCGAGAGCAAGAUCUUCAGUCCUGAGACGGGGAUUGGAUUGAGUAAGAACUUCGAUGUUCCCAAGAUCGAAGAAAUCGUUGCGCCGCUUAGUACAGAAUCCCAAAAGAUGGGAUUAGAGGAGAAUGCCGAUGAGAACAGAUCUCUUGUUACGAAAAACGAGAUUACUUCGGAGAAUUCAGAGAAUUCAGUACCAAAAGUGGCUGAUACUGCCAAAGAGAUUGAAGAGAAACUAGUCAUGUUUGAUAUUGGGGAAGCAGAGACACAUUCACAGAACAUUCAAGAGGACAAAGCUUCUAAUAGUGACAGAAUUAAUGAUGUACAUAAUACUUGUGAAUCUACAUGUAAUAUAGCUAAUAAUAAUAAUGAUGCAUCUUGUAACAAUGCAGAUGGGCCAGAAGUGGAAAACGUUAAUCGUAGUACAGCCAGUGACACUCCAGUUAAUAUCAGCGAUAACGACUCGAAGAGUUUGGACGAGAAUACUAAAAAAGUCGCUACUACGAGAAAGUCCUCGAGAAUUAAUGAUAAAAAUUCGGAUAGCGUCGGCAGUAAUCCCGAAGCGAAAAAAUCGAAUAAAUUGCCAAGUAAAGUAGUCUCAAAAUCGGAUAAUGUAGAAGAUAACCUGGCAGAUAAUGCUACAAGUGAAGAAAUAGUUUCAGAAGACGUAACAUCUCGCCAGCUUUCAGACGAUAACGCUACAGUUUCAUCAAUACUUGCAUCGGCGUCUUCCGAGGAGGCAGAAGAGAAACUUGCGGAGGAGCAUAUGCAAACGGAAGAAUCACAGAAUUGCGAAACUGAAUGUUCUCAGAAUGUUUCGUACAUUUCGGAGGAGUCAGAAACAUUGGAAAGCAUAUCUCGUGAUGUAGAACGACUUGUAGCAGGCGAUCAAUCUAUUAGAUCAUCGCAGGAUGCUACAGAAGAGAUUUCUGACGCAAACAUGUUGGAGAAGCAGCAGGAAAUUCAAAAUACAAGUGAACAAGCAUCUGCUUGUUGCGAUGACAACUCCACGUCCUUAGAGUCUACAGCCAGUGAUACGAAUGAAAUGCCAAGUAAAAGCCAUACAGACGAGAAAGCCGAUGCAACUGAAACGUUACAGGAGGAUGAUACCUCUUGUAAAGUAACACAAAGCACAAAGCAUCUUAAAACUAACAAUAACAAUAAUCACUUAUCAACCACCGCAAACUGUGAUUCAAGUAGUGAAUGUAGCUCUGUAAAUUCUGUGCCUGUGCCCGCGUGCACUUCCGAUCGAUGGACCGACAAAGCCGAAGAACUCGAUCAAGUUAGCAAAGAAUUAAGCAAAUCCAAUGAUAUGCCCGACUCCGACGAAAAUGCUUCGGAUCAAAAAUCCGAAGAUAACGAAACCGCUCUGACGACGGAUCAAAGCAAUAAAUCGGAUGACAAAGGCGAGCAGAAAUCUGUUAACGAGGAAAACAGGAGAGUGUUACGAACACGUGAUAAGCAGAAGAGAAUUGAGAGCAAACAGGUUGCUUCUCGUGGCCGAGAACAUACUGACGGUGUAAAAGUCAAGACGGAGGAAACUGGCGUUCAAAAGACACUGAAUUCUACCCCACAGAAUGAUGCCAACGAGACACAGAGCUCGUCAGUGGACGGCUCUGAAAAUUCCCAGAAAGUGGAAGAUACAGGCGACUCGCAGAACAGUCACGACUUGGAUACCAACGAUCUCGAACCGCAAGCUCGAACCCGUCGUACCAGAGACACAAAAAAACGCAAAGAGGAAUCCUCCAUAUCCAAUGCCUCAAAGGCCAAGCGCGUCAAACGAGACUUGCGAAAAUCCGAUCAGCAGAACAAAGAGGAGACCUUGCUAGACAACGAGGUCGCUAAGAUUAAUGAGAAUAACAGAUCGUUCCUGAACAAGUACGGUGGCAGUGGCACCGAACGUACCGACAGCUUCCGCGGGUUCUUCGAGGAAAGCGGAGAAAGUGGAUUGAACAAAAUGGAGAAGAGUCCUAAUUUACGAAGCAAAUCAGAAAACGAUAUAACAAUCAGUACGACCAGCAAGAGCGAGGAACGACUCUCGCGUAAUCUGUCCGAGAAUCAUGUGUCGAAGCAGACAGCUGACAAUAUAGACAUUCUGAGGAACGAUUGUAAGACUCUUAAGUCACCGGAGCAAAAAGAUUCCGACGAAGCAUCUACGUCCAGCGAAUCAUCCAACAGUGGUACACCGAAAAUCCUAGAAACGCCGGAAGAUAAAGAAAGAAAGGAAUCGAUCUUGCGAAUGCUGGGAUUAGAGUCCUUGGAGGAAGCUGCAAAGAGACUCCAAAAUCAACAGAAAAGUAAGAGAGAACAGUUGUCCACGGGUACGUUGAAGACGAUCAUCAGAGUAACACAAAAGGAGAAGGACAAGGACAAGAGAGGCUCGCGAUCUCCUUUGAAAAUGGUUCUCAAACAGCAGGGCCGCGGAGACGGAGAGGGUGAUUCACCCGAAUUCUACACCAUUCAAAAGGAGUUUGGAACCAGUGGUUUGGGAGAUAGCAGCUCUGGUGCGAACCGAAAGUUCACUACUAACCACAGACACUCUUGCGAUGACGAUAACGAGGAAACUACGCCUAAGGAUCGUCAGUCGCUUGUCAUUCCAGAGAAAUCGUCGUCCUUUUCCAUACAUCCUGGGCGUGUAUGCGCCGACGUAUGUUGCUAUUGUUUCGGUAAAUUUGGUUCCUUGGACACGCCGAUGCACUUGGCACAAAUAAAAUCUGACGAAAGACGUAAAAAAAUCUUAAACAUCGAGAGGCACCUUACGAAAGAUUCGUGUCUGUGCGACGCGUGCUACCGUCAUGUUGAUAGGAAGGCGAAUACUAGUCCAGCAAAUAUGCAGCAGAAGCCGCAGAAACAGCACAGACAGUUGAUGAUAUCAAAAUGCUCAGCUCGCGAAUGCCGAGAUCCCGCGCGCCACCAUGUCAAGCGACGUUGGUUACUUAAGAUAAAAGCCGCCCUUCAAAAUCAGGUCGACAUAGAUUGGGAGUCGAGUCAGCACACCGCGAUGUCAUUCUGCGUCAGUCAUUACGAAAAGAUCGGGCGCUUUUUGAUGUGUGCACUGUGCAAGCGUCGUCUCGCACGAAACAACACUCAUCAGUUACCUAGCGUGGAAAUUGACGAGCUAAAUCAACUGCUUGGCCAACAAGGAAUCCCCGUUUUGCUAGCGGCUGGCACGUUUGUGUGCAAGCUGUGCCGAUACUUCACUCAGUUGCAUCUGAAGUACAAAGACAUCGAGAACAUGAACACGGAUCGCAGAACUUUUAGUAAAAGUUAUCGAAGACGGGUCCUUCAUUAUCUCGGUGUCGAGGUUGUCGACGAUGAAGAUGACGAUUCGGCGCAACAGGCAUCAAAUCAGCCGAAGGACAAGAAAAACAAAAAAGGCACGAAGAAUGUGCAACAGUCCAAGAGCGGGAGCUCUAAAUCGCCGGAUCGCACAAGUGGCACAUCCGAGAAGUCUACGCCGGAGCCGAAUAAGAACGAGGCCGUGGCGGGAUGUAGCUCUUCCGAGGUAGGCAACGAGGGUCGCAUGGCAAAGGGAAGCAACGCCAGCGGCGAUGAGAACGGUGGCGCGGAGUACCUAAGUGGUAUCGAAAGUGCCGUGGAGAACCUGAAGAAACGUAAGAUACUCGACAUGCACACGUAUACGAGCACGAGCUCACCACUGUCGUCUUCCCUUUGUGACGGUGCGACAACGAGCGAGAUGGUCGAGAUCCUCGCGAUGGAUAACGAGGUGACGCUGACGCGAUUGCCGAAGAGACCGAGGCUCAGUAACAACAGCAGUAAUAAUAGUAACAGCAACAACAACAACAACGAUAUAACACCCGUGGUGCAGAGACUCGGCGCGAAUCCCUCCAUAAGCGUACGCACGCUUUUCCCGGGCGAGGAGGAGAUGAAUCUUCACGUCAACAUCGAGUUUCAGAACGUGCGCGAGGUCACGCCGCAAGGGUGGGAGAAGUGCGCGACGAUGAUCCAGUACGAUCGCGAGACCAAGCUGCUCUGGCAGCAGUUACAGCGACCGUACGGCAAUCAGAGCUCUUUCUUGCGGCACUUGAUCCUUCUGGAGAAGUACUACAGAGCCGGCGAUCUGAUACUGGCGCCGAACGCCUCGCGAAACGCAAUCAACUACUCCACGUCGGUGCAGAACAGACUGAUAUCGUAUGAGGGUCCGGAGAAGAUGGAUGAACCGAUAAUGGAGCCGAUCGCGGCUGAGUAUAAUCCAAGGCGUUUAAGCGGCGGCUACAUGUUGGAAAAAGACAGACUGUCUGUGCCUAGCACGAGUUCAAUGUCCAGAUUGUCAACGAGUGGCGGCGGCGCAACAUCGGCGGCGCACUCGACGAAGGUGAAUUCACCGCGGAUGCUCAAGCUCAACUCGGGGGUGUCCAUCAUCAAGAAACCGCCGCCCAAUUUGCAACGAUUGAACCUGUCGUUAAGCAGCACUGGCACUGGAAGUGCCGCUACUGCCACAACGAACGGCGGUGGCAGCGGCGUUAAACGGCAGAGUCUGCCCUCCUCCUACGGCAGUAACAAGGUGUUUCAAUUGAGCGAGCCGGACUUGAAGCGAAUGCAGGCGCUCAAACGACAGAAACCCAACGACAGACAGUCGGCCCCUGGCACGAGCAACGGAUCAGCGGGUUCGAGAUCGCCGCCCAAUAGCAGCUACAGGUCGCAGUACCAGAAAGCGCAACAAGUAGCCCCCGGCCACAGCCAGCAGUUUCAGAGGCACUUGCGAAUGCAGCAGGAGAUGCUGAACCGUCAAAGCCGCGGCGACUUUGAGCCGCUGAUCUGCGACAUGUCGCGCUCCGCAACGACCGCGAACGAGAAUAGCCAAAAUCUCAUACACAACCUCAACCUGCCAAAGUCGAUCCAGGUGACUACCAAACCGUCGUUGUCGACGAGCAAUCCAAUUUCGAUUCUGCCGAAAAUCCCGAAAUCGUUGACGGUAAUACCACAGACCGUCACGCGACCUGCCGAUAAAUGAGAAAGGGAGAUGUAAGUAGAUGCAUACAAAAAAUCUCGAUAUUUUUCUUGUUUUUCGUUUUCCGAAUAGGGAAACGUCGCGGCAAGAGUGAAAAAGAAUUGAUUGCAAGGCACGCCUCUUCAGGCUGCGUCGGUAUCGAUUAAAUCUCGAAAUUGCCGCCAAAGCAAAGUGAUUGAUACUUGGAGAGCAAUUUUUGCCUUACGUGAGCGCAUCGCGAUAUGCACUUACCGAGCCUGAACGCUCAAGAAUACACAUACACAUAUUGAUGUUAUGAUACGAUUAAGACGAGACAGACUAUAGCGACUUAUACAUAUGUAUAUUUGUUGCAUCAAUCGUGAUCACAAAACCUGUAGAUAGGCUAGUAGAAUAAUUUGAGUAAAUUGAGACACUUCGAUUCUAACGAUAUUAUACAUAUAUUAACAACCAAAGCUUCAUAAAACGCAUAACGAUAAACACGCGUUGAACAAUGCUGUUUUUCCACGGAAAGUGCCUAAAAUAAUGUGGACGGGAAUCGUUAUUUUAUCAUUAAUUACGUAAUAAUUAUACAUGAGAUACGGAUUCUCAGUGCAUAGAUACACAAGAUUCAGUAAAACGUGAUACAGUGGAUAAGAGGACAAUUUCUCGUAAGAAAAUCAGUAGUAAAUAUAAAAUUACUGUUUUCGUCUAUUGCUAAUAAUAAUGUCUCAAAACAAUUCUUUUUUUAUGAGAGAUUGUUAUAACGGUUUUUCUACGUAUAUAACGAAUCUUUCGAUUUUUCUCAGAUCUUUUGCUAUUCUCGUAAUGAUUAAUUGCAACGAAAACUCAGAUUUUAUAUUAAUUCUUUGCAUCCUUAAGACAAAUAAAACAAAAUCUUUUUAAAAUGUCAUUUAUUUUUAAAACAAUAGCUCGUAAUGAUUUCCUAAAAAUUUCAUAUUGCGCAUGUUAUCUACAACUUUUAUUCGAAUUUUAAUUAAAUCUUUAAUCAAAAAGAACGUGCUCUUCUCUCCUUCAUCUUUUCUUAAAAACCAAUCAAGGAAAUUCUUGUCGCAAACACCGAAGUGUCUCGCAUUUCCUGUCGAAAACACGAGAAAUUUUAUUUCCUUAUUGACUGUUUCGCAAUUUACUGGAUAUCCUACAUACCUACAAAGAAUUUAUUACUUUAACAGCAUUGCAUCAGUAAUUUAAACAUACAGCUUAUCUUUUUUCUUCUUUUUUUUCUCUAUAUCUCUUCUCUAUAGCUAGUUAGGAAUGUAGCAGGGAAAGUAGUUAGAUUUCUUUAAGACCAUAUGGAAAAGGAUUCAAACUGUAAAGACCAUUUUACUGUGCUUGCUAUGUUUUUGAGUUUUGUCGAAUAUACAUCAGACAUAUCUAUUUUUUGAAGAAGAAGGCAGGGUAGACUGUUUUACGAAAAUGAGAAGAAUGUAAAAUAAAUGCAGAGAAAAGAGAGAGUGGGAGAGAGAGAGAAAGAGAGAAAAGUAUAUGUAUAUGCACAUAUAUAUAUAGAAUCAUGCGGUCAGACGAUUGUUAUCGGUAAUUCGUUCCUCUUACCGCGUCUGAAGAAGAAUUCGACAUAGUUGCACGGCGAUCGCAUGCGAGCGAUGCUGUAUGCUGCAAGUCAGUAUAUUUUGUCUACGCAGAAACCUUUUCGAGUAUCGUCCUCGAUGACGCGAACAAUUGUAUAUUAGAAUAUUGGCCUGCUCGACACUUUUAGGAGCAUAAUGACAAGAUUGUAAUUAAUUAACGGUUAAACAACAGUUAAUACGAGAGUACGUUCAAUCGAAGCUAGGUGUUAAAUGCGAGUGAGGCGAGUACACACAAAGUGAGUGUAGAUUUAACUUUCUUAUUUUGAGCUUAUUUAUUACGUUAUCAACGUAUUAUCAUUAAUACGCAUUGUACAUACAGAUCGAUAAUACAUUAUUUUAAUUUUUAAUUGAUGAAUGAUGAAGCGAUGAUGUAGUAGCCGGAUCGCUUAGGAUUCCUGACGAUUGGAUAACGGUCGAUGUGGCGUGUGUGAGAAUUUUCUCUUUUCCUGCGUUUCUCUCUCUUUAUGCGGUCGUCGUCGCAUGAAAAAAAGAAAACAAAAAAAAUGCGACCGCCGUGGCCUCCAUCAUUCGGCAUUCGACGCGCGUCGCUAUGCCACGUUCCUGUUAUACACACGCGAGAUUCUCUUCGCACCGUUCGCACCAAACUGCCAGCGGAAAGUCCUUUCAUUCGCAUUACGCAAGAGACUGCGAAACAAUGCUUCGGAACAAUUGGUGGUAUGUCAGAACUAUAACUUCAAUCACGCACGAACAGCCGCGCAUGGCUCGCAUUUCGACUUUUCCACGUAUAUCUAGAAUAUAUAGAAGCAAGACUCACACUUUAUUCAUAUUCUAUGACAAUGAAACUUGCAUGUACGCUAAUUUGGAUGAACAUAAGGUUUAUUUAAUCUAAAGGUAGAAAUAAGGUAGAACAAUCUUGAUCGUCAUAUUAUUACAUAUUUUUGUUCAAUAAUAGAAGCAUAAUAAGAAACAGAAUAAUUUGCCUGGAUUGAUAUAUUGACAAAAAGUUAAAGAGCGUGAGUUUUGCUUGUAUACUAUACACUGUUACGCUUACAUCAACGUGUGCUUUAAAAAUCAUGUCAAAAAUUUUAUUAUUGAAAAUCGCUAUAUUUUCCCUAUUGUAAAGAACAUUUGUCAUUAUUACUAUGAAUUAUAUUAUGUAGAUCAUUUUUUAUUAUAGUUAUAAUUGAUUUAUAUUUUUCGCAUACUUUAAAUAUACAAGAUGAAAAU